AUGAUGGAGCUGAACGAGAACCGUGCACUGGCUGGUGGCCGACGCGCCUCAGUACGCAAUAUAAAGCGUCCGCUUGCCAUUACGGACAGGGAAAGAGAUGCGGUACGGGAAAUUGAACUCGGCCAUCUGGACAUCACAAGCGUUGAAUUCGACCUGUUCUACGUGCGUGAGAAUAUGGAGGAGCCACUUGACGCCGCCGCUGCCGUUGCGUACAGACUAAUCUUGGGGACUGGUCUUCCUCAGAAGUUUCGCUGCCGUGAUGACACGUUGCUGAACUUUAUCCUCCAGUGUCGGAAGAAGUACCGCAGUGUGCCGUACCACAACUUCUACCACGUUGUGGAUGUAUGCCAGACCAUGUAUACCUUCCUGUACAAUGGCGCUGCCUGCGAAAAGCUGACCGAGCUCGACUGCUUUGUGCUGCUGGUGACGGCGCUGGUGCACGACCUUGACCACAUGGGGCUGAACAACAGCUUCUACCUCAAGACGGAGUCCCCGCUAGGUAUUCUGUCCAGUGCGAGCGGCAACACCUCGGUGCUGGAGGUGCACCACUGCAACCUUGCCGUCGAAAUUCUCUCCGAUCCGGACUCGGAUGUCUUUGAGGGACUUGAAUCUGCCGAUCGCGCCCUGGCGUAUCGCGCCAUGAUUGACUGUGUGCUUGCAACGGAUAUGGCGAGACAUAAUGAACUUCUAAAUUUGUUUCUGGAAUCAAUGGAAAAACCGUAUUCAAUUGAGGAUACUGGUGCCAGACAAAUGGUCAUGGACGUUAUAAUGAAGGCGGGUGAUGUCUCGAAUGUGACGAAGCCGUUUGACAUUUCUCGUCUGUGGGCCAUGGCGGUGACGGAGGAGUUCUACCGCCAGGGCGAUAUGGAGAAGGAGAAGGGUGUGGAGGUGCUGCCCAUGUUCGAUCGUUCCAAGAACACAGAGUUGGCCAAGGGCCAGAUUGGCUUCAUUGAUUUUGUUGUCGGCCCGUUUUUUAAGAAGAUUGUGGAAGCCGGCCUCACUGGCAUGCAGUGGACGGUUGACCGUGUGAACAGCAACCGUGCAGAGUGGGAGCGAACUCUGGCAGUUAGGAAUGUUUCCGGUGAUUCGAAAUGA